AUGUUCAGCGCCGUGCUCAGAAGGCGAGCCCUUCAGCAGACGGCCUCGGCCACCGCCCUCAGAUACACACUGUCGCCCCAAUUGGCAAGAUGGUACGCCUCGUUCCCGCCGCACACCGUCAUCAAGAUGCCCGCCCUGUCGCCCACCAUGACGGCCGGAAACAUUGGCUCCUGGCAGAAGAAGGCCGGUGACGCCGUCGCCCCGGGUGAUGUCCUUGUCGAGAUCGAGACCGACAAGGCCCAGAUGGACUUCGAGUUCCAGGAGGAGGGCACCAUUGCCAAGAUCCUGAAGGAGAGCGGCGCCAAGGAUGUCUCUGUCGGCAGCCCCAUCGCCGUCCUCGUCGAGGAGGGUGCCGAUGUCUCCGCCUUCGAGUCCUUCAGCAUCGACGACGCCGGUGGUGAAUCCAAGCCCGCCCCCAAGGAGGAGAAGAAGUCCGAGUCCUCAGAGUCCUCGUCCGCCCCGACCCCGGCCCCUGAGCCCGCCGCCGAGGAGUUCGCCUCGUCCGGCCAGAAGCUCGAGACCGCCCUCGACCGUGAGCCCAACAUCUCCGCCGCUGCCAAGCGAUUGGCCCGCGAGAAGGGCGUCCCCCUGUCCGGCCUCAAGGGCUCUGGCAAGGGCGGCAAGAUCACCGAGGAGGACGUCAAGAAGGCCGCCGUCGGUGGCGCCUCGGCCACCGCCGCCACCGCCGCUGCCUCGUACGAGGAUAUCCCUCUCACCAACAUGCGCAAGACCAUCGCCAAGCGCCUGCAAGAGUCGACCCAGAACAACCCCCACUUCUUCGUCAGCAGCAAGAUCUCCGUCACCAAGCUCCUGAAGCUGCGCCAGGCCCUCAACGCCUCGGCCGACGGCAAGUACAAGCUGUCCGUCAACGAUUUCCUCAUCAAGGCCAUCGGCGUUGCCUCCAAGAAGGUCCCCGCUGCCAACUCUUCUUGGCAGGGUGAGUCCAUCCGCCAGUUCAACAGCGUCGACGUCUCGGUCGCCGUCUCUACCCCCACCGGUCUGAUCACCCCCAUCGUCACCGGUGUCGAGGGCCGUGGUCUCGAGUCCAUCUCCAACAAGGUCAAGGAGCUGGCCAAGCGCGCCCGCGACGGCAAGCUCAAGCCCGAGGAGUACCAGGGCGGUACCAUCUCCAUCUCCAACAUGGGCAUGAACGACGCCGUCGACAACUUCACUGCCGUCAUCAACCCCCCGCAGGCUGCCAUCGUUGCCGUCGGCACCACCAGAAAGGUCGCCAUCCCCUCCGAGGACGGUGCUUCGAUCGAGUGGGACGACCAGAUUACCAUUACUGGAAGCUUCGACCACAAGGUCGUGGACGGUGCUGUCGGUGCCGAGUGGGUCAAGGCCUUCAAGAAGGUGAUCGAGAACCCAUUGGAGCUGCUGCUAUAA